AUGCAUGGUCCUUGCGGUGCAGCAAAGAAGGAUAAUGUAUGUAUGGUUAACGGUAAAUGUUCUAAGAUGUUUCCGAAACCUCUCAACAUCAGGACAUCGAUUGACGCAAAUGGAUUUCCAGCUUACAUGCGUCGGAUUGAUGGUAGGUUCAUUGAGAAAAAUGGAAUCAGAUUAGACAAUGGAUUUGUUGUACCAUACAACAGAGACCUCAUGCUUCGAUAUCGCGCCCAUAUGAAUGUAGAGUGGUGCGUCCAAACACGAGCUGUUAAGUAUCUUUUCAAAUAUAUUCAUAAGGGACCUGAUUAUGCCUCAGCUGCAAUGGAUAAAGAAGAUGAAGAUGGCGUCAUUGACGAAAUCAAAACAUAUUACGACUGCAGAUAUAUUACUGCAUGCGAGUCGUCUUGGCGGAUUCUUGCUUUUCCUACACAUUUUCGUACUACUUCUGUAGAGAAACUUGGCUUUCAUCUUCCGGAUCAGGAACUGGUAUUUUUUGAUGAAGACGAACCUAUUGAGAGUAUUCUCAACAAAAAGACUGUCAACCAAACCAUGUUUUUGGCCUGGUUCAUAGCAAACAGAAAAUAUGCAGAGGCAAGAGAGUUGACAUAUGCGGAAUUUCCAACAAAAUUCGUUUGGAAAUCAGGUACGAGAGAAUGGGUACCACAGAAACGAGGCUUUGCGAUAGGGAGGAUUGCGCAUAUUCAGCCAUCAGGUGAUGAGCUAUAUUUCUUAAGAGUAUUGCUAAACUGGGUAAGAGGGCCGACAUCAUACGAGGAUAUAAGAACAGUUGAUGGUGUUUUAUAUCAUACAUACGAAGAUGCUUGCUAUGCGUUGGGAUUGAUGGAUGAUGACAAGGAAUUCAUAGAAGCUAUCAAAGAUGCCAGUGACUGUAGUUCUGCGACGUAUGCAAGGAAGCUUUUUGCGAGAAUGUUGGUUUCCAAAUCGUUGUCUCAGCCUCAUGUAGUGUGGGAAGCUACUUGGGAGUAUCUUACCGACGAUAUUCUUUACAAGAAGCGGCGAGAAACUGGAAGACCUGAUAUGAACUUGACCAUAGAGCAGAUUAAAAAUAUUGCUCUUAUUGAGAUCGAAAAUCAUUUGCUCAGCAAUGGUCGUAGCCUCAAGAAAUGGCCCCACAUGCCAAAGCCAGAAAAUUUAGGAGAUUACAACGGCAAUCGCCGUAUAGAUGAUGAGCUUAAUUAUGUUGUGGAAGAUCAGCUAAAGGAAAAUGAAAGACUUAUGGCGAUGAUAACAGAUGAGCAAAGAGGGGUAUACGAACAGAUUCUGGAUGCAGUUUUAAAUGAUAGCGGUGGAGUGUUCUUUCUUUAUGGUUAUGGAGCAUUGUUGUUGGAAGGAGGUAGAACCGCACAUUCCAGAUUUGGUAUUCCGAUAGAUGCAGACGAAUUCAGCACUUGCAAGAAAAUGGAGCCAGGAUCAGAUCGUGCAGAAUUAGUUAAAGCGGCAAAGUUAAUUGUAUGGGAUGAGGCGCCUAUGAUGAGCAGACACUGUUUCGAAACGUUGGAUCGCACUAUGCGUGAUAUUAUAAGAUUUUGUGAAGAAAAACCUUUUGGGGGUAAAGUUGUUGUUUUCGGUGGAGAUUUCAGACAGAUUUUACCGGUUAUACCUGGAGGUGGUAGAGCAGAGACUGUUUUGGCGGCUCUGAAUUCGUCAUAUCUUUGGGAGCACUGCAAAGUUCUGAAGCUAACAAAAAACAUGAGAUUGCUGGCUGGUCUUACUGAUGAUGCAGCAAAAGAGCUUGAAUCCUUCUCAACCUGGAUUUUGGAUAUAUGA